GUUGUCGAUCUAUGGUGAUACCGUACCUCAAACAGUUCAUUUUAACAUGGAGAACGUGGAAGGCUGGACGAUUCCAGCCGGGGACAAUUUAGUUGACCAUGGAAGUGAUUUUUUAUCUGCAAAUGAUCUAAAUAGUGUAGCUCUCGAUGAUAUCGAUGAUAUUGUACAGUAUAUGCUGUCUGACACAAACACCUCUAAAAAUGACCUGUUUGAUGGACAGCUAAACCUCUUGAAGCCUGAAACGGAAAGUUUCAUUGAUCCUGUGCCUCUGCAAGAACAAGUGAAACAUGAACCAUCAUUUGACGAUCAAUUCAGUUCAAACAAUAGUUCAGCUGUGUUGUUGAACGAUGCAAAUUUCAGUAGUGACAGUAGUUUCACAGGUUUGGAGGGUGUGGACUUGCUAGAGACAGUAGGUGGGGAUGCCCUAAAGUCUCCUUUGGUGAACAUAUCUCAUUUCAACAGUGCUCAACAGCUGCAACAUGCAGCCUUGAAACUUCAAAAGCAAGCACAACUCGUUCAACAACAGAAACAGUUACUUCAACUUCAACAGCAGCAGCAACAAAAGCAGCAACAAGCCCAGCUGUUGCAGCAUCAACUGAGAUUAAUCUUGCAACAAGCAGCACAGAAGCCAGCACCAGUUGUUGCACAACCUCAGCCACAAGUUCAGCAACAGCAAGUUAGCUUACAGCAGUUGCAACAGCUGUUGCUGCAGUCUCAAUCAUUGAACCAGCCUGUUAUAUCAUCUUUAUCUGCUACUACAUCAUCACCAGCAGCACAGGCUUCAAGCAUUGUGAAAACACAGAAUGUCACCACCCAGUCACAAGUGGCUUCCUCAUCACCGACCAUUGUUACCCUGUCCUCUCUCUCUCCAUCCACCCUGACCACCCAACAAAAUGUCACUACCACCAUUCCUCAGGUCCAAACUGUUGUAACAAGUAUUCCAAUUCAGGUGGUGGACAGCGAAAAGGUCCCCAUCAAUCGACUGAACAACCCCAACAAAGUACCCAAGAAAGGGGAGAAGAGGACAUCGCAUAAUGCCAUAGAAAAACGCUAUCGCUUGAGCAUUAAUGACAAAAUCACAGAACUGAAAGACUUGGUAGCAGGCACAGAAGCAAAGUUGAACAAAUCUGCCAUCUUGAAGAAGGCUAUUGACUACAUCAAAUUUUUGGUGAAUACUAACAACAGACUAAAGCAGGAAAACAUGGCACUAAAACUGGCAGCAUCAAAACAUUGUAACAUUGAAGACUUGUUAAAACAAAUGCCACUCACUCCCCCAACCUCAGAGAAAGGAUCUCCUCUCCAUGUCACUCAGUUCAAUAGUGACGGAGAAUCGCCGCCUGGAAGCCCCAUGUAUGAAUCUGAUUCCCAAUCGGAUUCAAGCCUAUCUGGAGGAAAUGUUAUGCAAACCAUGAGAGAUCAAACUAGGAUGGCUCUAUGCAUAUUCAUGUUUGCAGUGUUAGCUUUCAACCCCUUUGGGGCCCUGAUUGGGUCUAAUGCUGACUCUGAAAACUUUCUGGGACAGCAUGCAGGCAGAACAUUGAAAAAUGUCAAUGAAGGACAGACAAGUGGUUGGAUGGACUGGAUGUUUCCUACUCUGUUGAUGUGGGUUCUGAAUGGUGUGAUCUGUGUCGGUGUGUUGUUACGUCUGCUGGUAUUUGGAGAACCAGUGGUGAAGAAAAACACAGAAGCAGCAGUGUCCUUCUAUAGACACAAGACACAGGCCGAUGCUCACUUGGAAAAGGGAAAUUUCUCAUGGGCUACUGACCAGCUAAGAAAAUGUCUAGCAAGUCUUGGAAGGCCCUUGCCCACUUCAAAACUGGAACUGGUUUCUGGAUUGUCUUGGAACUUUUUGAGACAACUGCUGCACAGACUUGUUGGAAAGUGGAUGUUCAACAAGCCUUCUGCUGUUAGCAGCAAAGAUGAUGUCAACUCCUCGGCCAAAAACGCUGCUCUUGUUUAUCACAAACUAAACCAGCUGCAUCUAGCAGGUCAUGUGCCUGGUAGCUCAUGGUGGGGAGUGAAUCUUUCUUUGUGUGCCAUCAACAUGGCUGAGGCUGCAGGGGAUGCACUACCACUUACCCAAUUGGCUGAGAUUUAUGCUACUUGUGCAAUAAGAAUCCAGAUCAGUUUACCAUGGAAACUAAAAUACCUUUCGAAAUUCUUGCUGAGUCGGGCAAGAAAAGCCUGUUUGACAAGUGGAGAUAGACUGCCUCCCAGCAUCCAGUGGCUUUCUCACCCAGAAGGCUACAGGUUUUUCGUACGAGGAAAAUGGACUCUUGGUGGCAAGAAUAGCCUCUUCACCACUCUUGGAUGUGAAGCUGAUCCUCUAGAGCAUGUGGCUCAGAUGUUCAGAGAAUACAUGUUGGAGAAGUCCUUGUUUUCAUUGGUAAAUCCUGCUAAGAACAAGGAAGGACCUUCACAGUCAGCGGAGGUCUUGCUGUAUACACAGCUCCUAACAGACAGUGCCACAUCCACCACUAAAUCUGUCAGUCUACCAGGAGGGGGAAUUGGCACCACUAAAGGUGGUGAUGAGCUGGGACAAUGGUGGUCAGCCAUUAUUACUGUUGCCAUCAAUUGGUUGGCUGGAGAUGAGGAAAAUGCAGAGGCUCAGUACCCUAUGUGUGACUCCUUCCCUCAGAAACUUCAGCAGUCUGAUGAUCCUUUGCCAAAAGCCGUUCUAGUUGCCUAUCGCGCAAGGAGAAACUUGUUGUCAAAUACUCAUGGAUCUACUCACUGCAUCAGACAGUGCGACAGGGCAGGUCGUCUGCUGAGAGAGAGUCUGAAGCUCUCCUAUGCCAAACAAAAUGAACAAAUCAUACAGCUCCUACAGCUUAUGGUUUGUGAUUGGCUGCUGACAACAAGAACAGAAUUGUGGGAGAAGAACAGUAAAGAUGAGAACACAACAGCUUCACAGACAGAAAUGAUAGCAUUCCAACAGGACUUGAACAGUCUGAGGAAACUAGCUCAAGCCCAUAAAAACAUUUUAUCAAAGGUGUUCUUGCAUGAAGCCACAGCUAGAAUGAUGGCAGGUGCUAGUCCAGCUAGAACUCAACAGCUAUUGGACAGAAGCAUACGCAGGAGGCAUACAAGCAAAACUGAUAAAGAUGGUUCAGAGCACUCGGAAAGUGACAGAGACCAGGCCAAAGCCUUGUUGAUGGCUGGUAAACAUUUACCAGAAAACAUGCUGCCAUGUAAUGAGGAUAGAAUAGCCCUGAUAUCUGAGGCCAGCAAAAUGUACGAGUCCCUGGGAGACAAGAAAUCCCUACAGAACUGUCGUCAAAUGAUCAUGCAGUUCGAGGACAAAGUGUCGGCACAGACUGUCCUUUGUUAGUGAAUGAUAACUGUGAUACCUUCAUUUUUCAUUGGAGUGAAAGAUUAAUUUAUUUUGUGAACAUCAUUUUUGUUGUGGGCCUUUAUUUUGUAUGGAGCUUGUGUAAAUAUGCAUCAUGAUCAUGAAAUUCAUCAAGUACUAUUGUAUUAAAAAAUACAUUCAUGUCUUUAA